CUCCGCUCCCGCUGAACGCGCUCCUGGCUCGCGGUUCGCAGCCGGAGCGUGUGCGGGCGGCUAAUCUGCGUCAGUUGCCAGUUGUUCUCAGAGCUUUGGUCUCUGCGAGCGAACCAUGAAUUCGCAGAGCUUUGGUCUCUGCGAACGAGUCCUGAAUUUCACUUGAAGGUUUGUUGAGGCAUUGUCACUCAUCUGUGACAUCCUCCCUCCAAAAUGGCUUCUGCAUUCCCGAAAAAGACACCGACACCUCGACUUUUGUCCAGGGAAAGACUGAGCUCUCUUACUCUGCUUCCCUCUGCCUUCCUAAAGGAGAAGUUUCUCAACAGGAAGAAGCAGGCCAGCACUGAGGGGAGUUUUCUGCCCAAAAUUCACUCACUUUUAGAAGCGAGUAAGACUGGUCAAAAGUUGUCAUCAGCUCCCCUGAAAAAGAGCUGCUUGUUCCAGGUUUCCCCAUCAGAGAUAGUAUUUCAGAACUUCGUCGCUCAUGAAGUCUCUGAAAUGGUACUGUUUCUCAUAAAUAAGGACAAGUUUAAUCGGCUGGUGAAGAUCUCCAUGGCGAGAUCGCCUUAUUUCGAGCUGGCGUGCCCCAAUGAAGCAUACCACAUCAUACCACCAGGCACAUCUUCCCCUGUGCGCAUCCGCUUCACCCCUCACAAGAACCAGGAUUAUUCCCAUGAGCUCAUCUGCAUCACUGGAAUGGAAAGGAUAGUUGUGCCAAUUCGGGCCAUUGGUACCCAAGCUACGCUGGAGAUCCCUGACCAGCUGGACUUCUCCAAGUGCCCAGUCAAGUACAGCACCCAGAAGACUCUGAUGGUUUACAAUGAUUGUAACCUGGAAACUCAAUACCACCUGUACACCGAAAGUCCUUUCUCUGUGGAUCCAGACACAGGAACUCUGGGUGCUGGUGACACCAUGGAGGUGACAGUGGAAUUUCACCCGCGGAAGGUUGGUGACCAUUCCGACAUCCUGGAAGUGUACCGCGUCAUAGAUGAAAAAUGCAUCCACACAAAAGUUCAAGGAGAAGCUGUAGAUGUCGACGUUGUGUUGAGCACAAAUUCCCUGAAGUUUGGGAAGACUUUCAUCACCACAUCAAACUACAAAAUCAUGUUAAUUGAAAACAGGAGUAACAUCACAGCCCACUUCCAGUGGAAGGCUUUUCUUACUGAGGAAGAAGAGUAUAAAGAGAGGAGGAGGCAGCGCUAUUUGCUGCGGCCACAGAAUAAGGUGUGGCUGGAAAACUUCAUUGAGGAGGAAAAUAUAGAGAAGAAGGACUACGGUGAAGAUAACACUGCCAUCCUGAGCCACAUGGUCCAGGAGGAGACAGCAAAGGUGCAAGAAGACCCCAUGCUGUUCUCCGAUGAUGUUUUUUCUAUUGAGCCAAUGGAGGGAGAGAUCGGGCCGAAUUGUUCGGCUGAAGUCAAGGUGACCUUUAAACCCCUAGAAGCUCUAGAGUAUCAAUGUGUGGCUUACUGCAACAUCUCAGGCCGUGAGAGCAGGCUGCCCCUGCACCUCACAGCACAAGGUCAAGGACCUUUGGUUGAACUCAGCUAUAAUACACUGGACCUUGGGGACAUUUUAGUCGACACCUGCCACAUCUCUGAGGUGAAACUGAUUAACCGAGGAGCUAUUGAUGCUUCCUUCCGCUAUAUCCCUUCAACCAAAAACUUGGGCUACUGCUUCAAGUUUGUACCUGAGGAGGGCAUCAUUGCACCAGGUCGGAUCCAGACCAUCCAGAUCUCAUUCAAUGCUACCACAGUGGGGACAUUUGAGGAAGAAUUCCAGUUCAGGGUGGCUGGAUCUCCUACUCCUGCUAUCCUGACAAUCAAGGGAUGUGUCUGUGCAGCAACUGUACACUUCAACAUCAAUGAACUGGACUUUGGCAACGUUUCCUUUGGCUUUCCCUGCACCAGGAAGUGUCACCUCAUUAAUGCCUCACCAGGGUCCCUGACAUUCAAUAUCCGCAUUUCUCAGGAUGGAAGGCAGCCUGCUGUUAGUAGCUUUGAUCAAAUACACAAGCAUAAUGACCCAUCCUGGAGGGACGGAAUUCAUUUUUAUUUGGAGCCAAGGGAGUUUACAGUGAAUCCCAGCCAAGGGACCAUCCUUCCCCACGGAUACCAGGAUAUUGAGGUGACCCUGUGUGCCAACACCAUGAUGACAUUCUACCGGAGAUUGCUGGUGGACCUGGAGGGUUAUGGCAAUGAAGUGACAUCACUGACUGUCACAGCCAGAUGUGUCGUUCCUGAGCUGCGAGUGUGCCCCCAAAUCCAGGACUACUCUGACUGCCUCCUGAAGGUGCCAUACAAGAGGAAGUUCUUCAUUAGGAAUUCCGGUGACUUUCCUGGCUGCUACGGGCUUGUUCCCCAGGAUCGCGAGGAGGACACUCCUGUGUUCUACUCCAGCCCCAAACCCUGUGGGAUUGUCCAGCCUCACAGCAUUGCAGAGAUUCCAGUUGUGAUCGAAGUCCAAACACGGGGCGAGCAUCGGACCGAUGGUCUUAUCGGCGUGUUUGGGGAUCAUAAAAACCCACGGGUGAGUGCAAGGGGAGUGUGUGCCUUUGUGCAACUCGUCCUGGCAGGGUGCAAAGUGUACAGGGAUUCUUCUGGGGAAAACAGGCACAGGCUGCUGUGGCAGACAGAAGGGAUUGGUAGCAUAAACAGUUCAUGCCUUAUAGGUGGUAAUCUCAGUAAUAUAAUAUUACGGAGCUCUGGACGGCUGGCAGACAUCUACACAGUUCCAAAAGAUAUAGACUUUGGCAGGAUCCAAGCACUAGAGCCUAAUUCACAAUGUUUAACCCUCUUCAACGAAGGUCUUGCCCCUGUAGACUUCAGGAUACAGGUGGCUUACAAACCCCACUGCUACGUCAUUGAACCCAGAGAAGGAGUGAUCCCUGCUAGGGGUGAGGUUCCUGUGACUGUCACAGCAACCCUGGAUGACACUGGGGUUUUUACUGAUGCUAUCCAGCUGUUCAUUUGGAACACCCUUUGGAUGGCCUGCUCAGUCCGGGCUGUGGGCAUUGGCACCACAAUUGUCACAGACAAACCAUUCAGCCCAGUACUCAACUUGGGAUAUCAAUUCAGCUUCCUUCCCUGUAUUCAUCGGUUCAAAGUAACAAACAGGGGCCACCAUUUCCAUCGGCUCUUCUGGAGUGUGAAACAUCACAGCCACAGCAUCUCAGCUCUCAGUAGCCCCAAGACUGAAGAUCAUUCCCAGAACUCCAAACAUACCAGCCCCGUAUUUGGGCUGGAGCCAUCAUCGAUGGAGCUGCAGCCAGGCGAGUCUGCGGACGUGGUGCUGCAAGGCUUCUCCUGCAGGGCGCAGGAGGUGCAGGCUUCUGUGGUGUGUGGAGCUGUCAUGAAAGGCAGAAGGAAGGAGAAGAUAAUAGAAACAACCGUUACCUGCAAGUUUAUUGAUCCUUCCAUAGAAAUAUCAGCCAGACAAAUCUCUUUCCGGGUGGAGAAGAAAGCCAGUGAUGUCCUGGCUCUGCAGUACAAGCCUUUGGCUUUAACAAACACCUGCUCCCUGCCACUUGAUCUCAUGCUGGACUUGGAGCCGCCCUUUCUGGUGUGCGAUGCGGACCGGCAGCCCCUCCCAGAUGGCCAGCCUGUGACAGUGGAUGUAGGGCAGACCUGUCAUCUCUACAUCGCAUUUGACCCAGCUUAUAAAAUGGGUUUUCAUAGCUGGAAAGAGAAGAAGGAUCUGAAGAUAAACAUGGUCAAGGACCAUCCUUAUGUGGAGCGUAUCACCAUUCUGGGAGAAGUCCACUUCCCAAAUCUCCAAAUCCAGCCCAGCGCCCUGGAGUUUGGCUGCAUCCUGGCUGGCACCAAAGAAGUGCGUUCUGUGCAGAUGACCAACUGCAGCCCACUGCCUGUCCAGUACCACUGGUCAUUCCAUGUGGACAGCCAAGUGAACAGGCUGAGACAUGAGGUUUACCCACCUAAGUUCCAGCCCCAACCACCAAGGGUGAAGAGAACCUGUUUGCCUUUGUCAUCUCAAUUGAGACGCUUCAAGAUGAUAAAAAGGGAGGAGACAGCCUCACCCCUGAAAGAACUGCAGGAUCUUGCCCAACCUUUAGGAGCAGAGGUGCCACCAUGUACUGCUGAAAGCCAUUGCCCACUAGACUUGGAGAAAUUCAGGUUAUCCACAGAUGUACCAUACCCUCCCCUCAAAGUGGAGAAGGCUUUCAGUAUCCUGCCGCAGUUGGGUAAGCUGCAGCCGGGAAAGAGACAGAAGGUGUUCUUCACCUUCUCUGGCCACCUCAACACCAUGGCCAAUGUCACGGCGCUGUGCCACGUGGAGGGAGGGCCAACCUACAAGGUGAAGCUGACUGGGGAGGCCUCACGCAUCAGCUACUCCCUGAGCCUCCGGGAGAUCAGCUGUGGCUCUCAGGUGUUUAAUGAAAUUCAUCACAGCAGCGUUACACUGGCAAACACUGGCAAGAUUGAAUUCAACUGGGUGCUAAACCUUAGCACUGCAGAGCAACAUCUGCCUGGCGUGUUUCUGGUCAAGCCCACCCAUGGCUCCAUUGCAUGUGGUGAGAAGCAAGUACUGAAAUUCUCUUACAUGCCAGGAGUACCAGGACCCUUCAGCAGGACUUUCCAGCUUAAAGUGGCAGAACUGGACCCAGAUAAUAUCUACCUGAAAGGAGAAGCAUCCUUUCCCAUGAUCAGUGUGAACCUACCCUGGAACAUCGAAGGAAAUGAAAAAUAUAAGAAGCGACUGAAACAGCAUGCAAAAUCCCUGAAACAACACAGUCAGAGAAAUAAAUUAGUUGUUCAGAAGAAGACUCGGAGCUCAAAGACCUUGAAGUCUCAGAUCCCGAAGACUCGGACCUUGAAGACUCAGAACCGGAAUCCCCAAGUGCUUGGCUCUGGCACUGUAUCAAAUAUUCAGCUGCAGAUGGAGUUGGUGAUGAACCUGGUAAGGAAGCCUGCUCUGGAGCUGCAGAGAAAGUUGCAAUCCCAUCGCUCAAAAAGCAGGUUCCCAAACAAGAAGCUGUGCCAGAAUCUUGUCAAAGUUAAGCUGCCUGAGUAUGUCCUGGACAUGGGCACUGUCCUUAAGGGUAACACUGAGACACGCACUCUGGUGAUCACCAACCCUGGGCAGAUCCCAGUGUCCUUCCAGGCUGAUAUAUCUGCCCUGCAGAACACAGGUUUCAAAGUGAAUCCGGACCAGGUGCAGGGCCUGCCCCCCCUCCAGACCAGAAUGCUUGAAGUGUGCUUUGAGAGUGCUCACCGGGCAGAGGGUGGCAUGGAUGUGCUGCUGCCCAUAGAGGUGGCAAAAGGCCCCACAUAUAAAAUCCGCCUCCGUGCCGCUGUGUUGGAACUGUCACUCAGCCUCUCCAAGAACACUUUGCAAUUCUCUGAUAUCCUCGUUGGACAGUGCCAGAUUGAAACAGUCCGGCUCUACAACAGGUUCCAAGUACCCUGCAAAUGGUUCAUUAAGGGCGUCGAGCCUGUUACGAAGUACAAGCAAGGCAAAUACACGACACCAGCUAUGGGUCGGAAGCAGCAGGCACUGGAGGAUGAGCCCUGUCCCUUUGAAGUGAUACCCUCCAAAGGAACCCUUGAUCCAGGAAAGUGGCAGAACUUGCAAAUCCAGUUUACACCCAAGGAGCAGAGGUCUUACAAGAAUGAGCUGAAGCUUUACAUUUGUGACAGCAGACAUCGCUUAAAGCUGCACCUCUCAGGACAAGGUCUGGAGGCACGGUUGGAGUUCAGCCCCCCAGCACUAAAGAUGGAAUGGGUGCUGGUGAACAGUGAUGGGGUGGACACCACAGUGGUGGUGAAGAACCCAUGCAACUUCCCUGUUGAGUUUUACUCACUGGAUUUUGAUGAGCAAUACCUUGAGGAGGAGAAGAUCCUGCGGAUGGCAGUGGGGUCUGAGUACCAAAAGAACUUUUUGAUGCCUCCACGUGCCGUGGGUGGGACACUGCCCCCAGAGGUGCUGGAUGACUAUGAAGCACAGAAGAGGCUGAAAGCUCAACAGGCAGAGCUCAGGGCCAUGGCAGAGACCAAGGCCACAGCUGAGGCUGAGGCUGAGGCCAUGGACAAGGCAGCACCAGUUUAUCACGGGGCUGUCACACCCUCUCCUGAGCCCAUGGUGGAAGUGACUGGGAAUCCUGUGUCUCGGGCUGUCAUGCGGCACCUGGGCAUUGACUCAUCUUCAGACAGGUGUGAAGCACAGCAGGACAGAGGGAUUGUUGUCAUCAUCCAUGGGCCACCCCAGACAGGAAAGACAGAGGUAGCAGCAGCCUUGUGUCACUAUUACGACGCUGCGCACUUGUCCAUUGACACCGUGGUGAAAGAGGCCAUUGCCAAUGACCAGAGCAAAGCAGGGUGCUGUGCCCGGGAGCUUUGCACCAACGCUGCCAUGGAGCUGAAAAGUGAAGAUGAAGUGUGGGAUGGCGUGCUUUACCAUGCUGGUAAGAGAAGCAGGGAAGAAGUUGCUUCUGGGAAACAGUGCUGCCCUGCAGACUGGGGGAAAAGUGCCAUGCUCCUUCCAGGGCCCAAGGUUGUGCCCAUCAUGGGGAAAGGUUUCCUACUUGCUUUUCAAAGACCCCCUGAACCAUCUGUCCCCUGUGCAGGAAUAAAGUCUCAGCUCACUGAUCAGAACAAGAAUAAACUAGCCUCUGGGGAAAAAAACAAGAAUGCCAAAGGCAAGUCUCCUUCAGCACAAAAGAGGAAGGAGCCAGCCAGCAAACUCGACAAAAAGUUCACAGUUUCCACUGCUCCUGCGCCGCAGCAGCUGAACAUCAUCAGCAGUCGUAGGGAAGAGCUGAACUGCUUGAGCUGUGUGCUGCCUGAGGACCUGCUGGUGGACAUCCUCUGUGAGAGGCUGAAGCGUGAAGACUGCUACAAGGGAGUGGUCUUUGAUGGCUUGGAGAGCCUCUUUGCAAGCCGCCUGGAAUCUUCUCUGCUCUGUGUAUUCAAAGCUGUCAAGAAUCGUCAUCAUAUCUAUAUGGUGAACCUGCAUCAGGAUUGUGCUUCUUGGAUAACUAAGGAAGAAAAUGAAAGAAAGAAGAGGGAAGCUAAAAGAGAGAAGGAAGAACUGCAGCGCAAAAAAGCUUUUCAGAGGAAUGUGGGACAUAUCUUGAAAAUGGAUGAUGAUGAGUAUUAUGCCCUUCCUGAGGAGAAGAAAGCUCUAGUGGAUAAAAUAAUCCAGGGAAGGAAGCAUCUACGGAGUGAGAGGGAGCUGAAGCAGCUGGCUCAAAAGCUUGAGGAGGAGGCAAAAGCCUUAGAGGAGGAAGAGAGGCAGAAGGAGGAAGAGAGGCAGAAGGAGGAAGAGAGGCAGAAGAAGCAAAAGAAGCUUGUCUCCUUGGGGAAGGAGCCUGAAAAACCAGAGAAGAAGGAAAGCAAAUCUCCAGAGAAGAAAACCAAGCCUCCAGAUAAGAUGGAAGCCAAAGCCCUGGAGAAGAAGGAAACCAAAGCCCUGGAGAAGAAGGAAAUCAAAUCUCCAGAGAAGGGGGUACCCAAAGCCCCAGAGGAGAGAGAAACCAAAAACCUAGAGGAUGAGAUAACCAAAAUGCUAGAGGAUGCGAUAAACAAAAUUCUAGAGGAUGAGAUAACCGAAAUCCUAGAGGAGGAAACCAAAUCCCCAGAAGAGGAGGAACCCAAAGCCCCAGAGAAGGGGGAACCCAAAGGUUCAGAGAAGGGGAAAACCAAAGCUUCAAAGAAGGGGGAACCCAAAGCCCCUGGGAAGCGGGAACCCAAAGCCGCAAAGAGGGGGGUACCCAAAGCCCCAGAGAAGGGGGAAACCAAAGCCCCUGGGAAGAGAGAACAUGAAGUCCCUGAGAAGCGGGAACCCAAAGCCACAGGGAAGGGGGAACUCGAAGCCCCUGAGAAGGGGAAGCCUGAAGCCCCAAAGAAGGGGGAAACCAAAACCCCAGAGAAGGGGGAACCCAAAGCCCCAAAGAAGGGGGAUACCAGAGCCCCUGGGAAGGGGGAAACCAAAGCCCCUGACAAGGGGGAAGCCGAAAUCCCAGAGUACCCCGCUGAGAUGGAUAAGAACUUGAUCCAGAGGUUUCAGAUCUAUGAGCUAUCGCAGCGGGACAUUGCACAGGUUCUCACCUACUUUGACAGGGUUCAGGGUACUGUGCAGUUACCUGUAAUCCAAAACGGAAACACAUCCCAGUCUUCAGCUGAAAACAAAGGUCAGAAGACCAAUAAGCCUCAGGAAAAGGCGGAGAAGAAGCCUGAACAAAAAAGUGGAGGCCAAAGGAGUCUUCAAUCAUCUCAGCUAGAGACACAAAGUGAAGUUGCAGAAGAAGGAGUCAGAGACAAGCAUGUCAAGGUGCCGUGCUUGGACAUCCAGGUCACAGAUCCGAAGGCCAUGUUUAGCGAGAUCCUGAGGGAUGGGAGGCUGCCAACGAAAGACGAGAUGCUGAGAUAUCUGGGACUGCAUCCCGAAGGGCCUCCCCUUCCCCCUGCUGCUGUCUUCUCUGUAGUCAGCUACCCAGAGGAGCGGUUGGGCUCUGCAGAGCAUGUGAAGCCCUUCACCGUUGCUGCACCGAAAGGUGCUGCUAUGGAAGACAAGCUGGCCAAGGCCCCAGAUGCGAAGGGCGGUUCUGCUGCGGGCCGACCAAAGACAGGUAAAGCGGCCAGCAGAGACAGCUCUCCAAAAGAGAAACAGAUCUCCACACAGGGAACAGAAAGUCCCCAGGAUUCCUGUGCAACAAGAUGCAAAAGUGUGCUGAAAAGAGCCUCAAUCCCCACAGAAUUCCUCAGGCUGAAACGGUACCGGUGGAUAGUGCCUAGCCACGGUGAGGUGGAACUGAAGGUCCACUUCUCCCCCAGAAAGCCAGGGAAGUUUGAGCAGACAUUGAGGUUUGAGCUUGUGGAGUCAAAGCGCCAGUACGAGCUGCCCUGCAGUGGCACCGGCCUGUACCCCAGCAUCAUCCAGAACCCACGGCGGGUUUUUCCAAAGUGCAGGGAGACCAUGGAGGCAGAUGAAAUCAUCUUCAAGGAAUAUGUUGAGAGCACAAAGCAAUUCCACUUUGGACCUCUGCUGUGUGGGAAAUCAAGAGAGUGGUACAAGGUCCAGAACUGUCCUGGCAACUCAGAGAAUAUAACCAUCCUCAACAACUCCCCCAUGGAUGUAGAGGUCCAGUUCUCCUUUGAGAAUUAUGGAAAAGCAGACACGUUCCUUUUGAACCCUCCCAGAAUGUCACUGAAACCAAAGGAGAAGCAGGAGCUGACCAUUUGGGCAUACCCCACUUCCCCUGGCUUGCUGGAAGACAAACUCAUCUGCUGCAUUGAGAAGAACCCAGACCCAGUGGUCUUCAGCUUCUGCUGCCAUGGGGUGCACGUGAAGCUGGAGGUCAGCCCCCUGAAGCUGUCUUUUGACAAGCUGCUUCUGCACAGGACUGACAGCAGGACCUUGGUCUUGAGAAACGACACCCUACUGCCCAUGGCCUGGCAGUUCAGUGGGCUGGAUGACCUUUUUGAGGCCUUCUCCUUGUCACAAGAUAACGGCAUCGUUGAUCCCGGCUCAGAGUUUGAAGUGACACUGAAUUUCAAGGCCGAGAGGAUUGGCAUCAUCGAGAAGAUCCUCCGACUAGAGGUUUCAGAUACAGAAAACAUCCUGGGGAUUGUUCAGGCUGAAAACAUCGAAAUCUCUGCAGAGGUCUACGAUGUUUCUCUGAACAUCGACAUGCCUGAAGGUCCAGAUGGAAGCUUGGAAUUUGGAACUAUUAAUGUCCUGGAUAAUGUGAAGAAAGUCCUGACUCUAAAGAACAAAGGGCUAUACAACAUUGGGUACCGUUUCAUGCUGAAAGGUGCAGGUCCCAGGACACGAGAUGUGACAUCCCACUUCACUGUCGAGCCUCAGUCGGGCAUGCUGAUUGCCUCCCAGCCUGGUGUGAAUAUUGAGAUGCUCUUCCAGCCCAAAAGGGAAAUGCUCCUCAAGAACAAACCCAUCCUGUACUGCCAGGUGACAGAUGCCAGGUCAAGGAAAGGAGGCCAGACUGUUGCCACCAUCCCACUGAGAGUGUCGGCGAAAGCUGUGUACAGCAAGUACAGUAUUGAGCCUGCUCCACCCAUCAACUUUGGGGCCAUGAUCAAGGGCUCCAGGAAGACCCAGAUUGUCGUGCUGGAGAACAAAGGCAUGCUCAACUUCAAAUUCCGCAUCCACCAAGCCCCCAGGGAUGCAUCUGCAAGCUCAAAGCAAGGAGAAUCUGCUGCAUUGGCUACAAAGCUGAAAUCAAGCUCCUCACAGGAUCACCUCACUCUUGGCAUGUUCAUGGUGUCCCCCUGCUCUGGCUCCAUCGCUCCAUGGGGCCAACAGAAGAUCACCGUGGAUUGCCUUGCUGGGCAGGAGGGGACAUGUGAGGAGCAGCUCUACAUUGACAUCACGGGCAGAAACCCCAAGGACAAUCCCCUGGGCAUUCCCUUUACCCUGAUUGCUGAGUCCUGCCUCCCAGCAUUUAUUGAGGAUGUCAUGUUAACUUUUGAGGAGUACCCGAUCUGCAGCAGCACCAACCUCAGCCACAGGCUGCAGUCAGUGAAAGGCACAGGCCUGUUUGUCAGAGAUGAGAACAAAUUCAUCUUCACCAAGGUUCUGGUUGGGCAAGAGUCUGAAGCUCAUUUCAAUAUCUACAAUGCAAGUGGUCUGCCAUGUGACGUGGUCCUCUCCAUCAAACCCCUGCCUGGAAAGGUGAAAAGCCAUAUCAACAACAUUUUCAAGUUGUAUCCAGCCACGAUGUCCAUUCCCGGCUCAUCCAAGGCUGUUGCUACGGUGACCUUCACCCCACCAGACCAGCAGAACUACGAAUGCACUUUCAAGGCUUCCCUUGUCAUCCCAAAAAGCUUUGUGAAAAUUAAACCCCAAACCCUGACCUUCACCAUCAGUGGGAAGGGGCAUGAGCCACAGGUGGCAGUCGUGUGCCCAAGUGCUCGCAGCAAGAGGGGAAAUGCUGUGCUGCGCUUCAAGAGGCUCCAGGUGGGGGAUUCAGAGAUGCUCCCCCUGGUCAUCCGUAACAAUGGCAGCAUACCUGUCAAGUUUAUGUUACACCUGGAGGAUGAGCACGGAGCAUUCUUCUUGAAAGGCAGGGCCUCCACACUUGAGUAUUUCCACAAUGGAGAUGUGGAAGAGGACUGCGCUGGAAACGAGAGCAAGCCCCCAAAGAAGCCUUUCCUGCUUCUGCUUCGUGGGCAAUCAACAGAGUUUGAUGCCAUUUUCAAACCUACCCUGGCUCAACGUCUGGAAGGGAAGAUUCGUGUGUUAGUGGGGGACAUCUACUCUAACAAGACCCUAAUAGAGCUCGUGGGUGAAGGCCACAAGGAUGAAUUCACCCUUGAUGGACUAGAGGAAGACACAGAGGAGAGGAAUGCUGACAGCAGUCUGAAGAAAGACAUCAUUGAUGCUGUCAGAGUGAAUCACAUCCAGUUUGGGGACUGCCCUGUUGGGAAGCCCUGCCGCAGGACCUUCACCGUCACCAACCACAGCCGUAGGCAGGCCAUGCGCUUUCAGUGGGAGGCAGAUGCUGCAUUCCAGUUCUCCCCCAAGAUGGGACACCUCCAUCCUGGCUGUGCCAAGGACAUCACAGUGACCUUGAAAUCUGAUGUCCCAGCUGUCUUCAGGAGGCACCUUGUAAAAUGUAAGGUGACCAAGAUCAACUUUGUGCUGCCACAAAGGAAAGUUCAAGACUGGGAUGACCAAAUGUCCAUUGUCACAUGGAAGGAUACCACCAGGAAAGACCGGGCAGCCAGCUGGCCUAAAAAAGAGAAGAUUGUUGAGACAGCCCUGGAACCAGCUUACACAGUGGUGGAGGAGAGCAGCCAGGAGGCUGAGGUGUACCUCAGUGCCUUUGUUGCCUACACCCAGUUCAAACUGAACACGAUCGUGGUUCAGCUCAAGGAUACCUUGCCCAACCAGACAAGUGCAGCCACUUUCAGCAUGCGCAACACGGGGAAGGUAGCCCUGGAAUACACUUGGAUGGAAGCUAGAGAUAGUGAAGCAGUGACAAAGCCAUACUCAACCACUCUGAUGCGUCAGUUCCUCUCCCCUGCUACUCUAAGGAAUCGCAAAAAGCUUCUGCGUCGUUUCUGGUGGGAGCAGGAGCAUCCUUUUGAGACACAUCCUUCUGAGUUGCGGCGGCUGCAGCAGCUUGCCAAGCAGCAGCAGGAUUCUGAGCAACAGCAGCAGGAUUCCAACGAGCAGCAGCAACCUUCUGAGCAGCAGCAGCCUUCUGAGGAGGAGCAGCUGGAUUCCAAGCAGAAGAAGCAUUCCAAGAAGCAGGGCCGCUCCAAGGAACAGCAUCUCUCUGAGCAGCAGCAGCCUUCUGAGCAGCAGCAGCAGCCUUCUGAGCAGCAGCAGCAGCAGCCUUCUGAGCAGCAGCAGCAGCAGCCUUCUGAGCAGCAGCAUUCUUCUGAGGAGCAGCUGGAUUCCAAGCAGAAGAAGCAUUCCAAGAAACAGCAGCACUCCAAGGAACAGCAUCUCUCUGAGCAGCAGCAGCUUUCUGAGCAGCAGGAGGAGCAGCCCAAGCAGCAGGAGGAACAGCCCAAGCAGGAGGAAGAGCAGUCCGAGAAGCAGCAGCCCAAGCAGCGAGACCAUGCCAAGAAGCUACGCCGCUUGAAGCAAAAGCACCUCUCUCUGCAGCGUGUCAGUUCCUCCCUGGAAAUCUUCCCAGAUGUCAUCCAUGACCUGCCACUCUUCUCCAUCAAUCCCUACCACGGCGUCAUUGCUCCUGGCCAGAAGCAGAUCUUUCACGUCCUGUUCUCCCCAAAGUGCACAGGAAUGUUUGAGACCACCAUGCUGUGCAGGACUCCUAACCUGAAGCCAGCUCUGAAGAAGGCACGGGUGAUUGUGAAAGGCAGAGCCCGGGAGCAGGAGCGUCUUGACAAACUGAAACGCUCUGCAUUACGACAGACAGAGAAAGGUCAGGGACCCAAGAAACAGGUGCACUGGAAACCAACACUUGAGUGACAGCCUACCCUUGAGUGCAGCUACCCUUCCAAGCUCCAGUGAAUACCUUUCUCUUAUCUUUAAUUACCUACAUUAAUUAACGAAUUGUUAAUUCAUUGUUAAUUAAAAAAUUGGUAAUAAAUCA